CUUACCACAUUCCCACAAAUGGCUUCGCAAGGAUUCGCUCUGUGCGCUCGAUAUUUGAAUUAUAAUUCGUGUUUUUAAGUACUAUACGAAAUUUGGACGUGGAUAACGAUGGAAUAUGACGACCAGAAGGAUUAUGAAGGGCUGUAAAAUAAUUUGGAGAGCUCUGAGGUUCAGCGAAGUUGUUCCCGCGUCACUCAUUUACCUCAGUAGUGUCUGAGAAGGUUGUCGUGCCAUGGGCUCUAUUUGUUUUCAGGAUUCAUGCAAAGUUAUAACCUGGAUUGAAUUAGAGAUGUGGAUCAUGUAGCAGUCGCUUUAUUGGAGGAAUUACGCGUCUGAUUUGGCACCUGGAAUACCUGCGUGACAGCCAGGUUACUCCUGUCCACAUAGGACGUGUUUUUUAUCUUAAUUAUCUAUGUUUUUUUAUUCUUAUAUCUAAGAUGGAGAACAGAUAUGUGCUUUAUAUAAUAUUAUAUGAAGCGUCUGGAUAGAUCUGAGAAAAGGGAUGAGAUUCAUUUAACAGGAUCGUCUGGAUUUUUUCUUUUUUCGCAGGGAUUUCGGAAUGACAUCUGGCUAAAAUUUUUGCGCGGACAAUUCAGUGUCGUUCUCGGUUCCUUAUUCCCAGCCGUUGCGUUCACAGCUGCAGCCGUCGAACAGCUCUCGUUUAAUUGAGUAUACUCGAGAUGGCCGCAAUCGCCAGUUCUCUGAUCCGACAGAAACGCCAGGCGCGGGAAUCCAACAGCGACCGGGUCUCUGCCUCCAAACGCCGCCCGAGUCCCAGCAAAGACCCCCGCUCCCUCUGCGAGCGACAUUUCCUGGGGGUCUUCAGUAAAGUCCGCUUCUGCAGCGGCAAGAAAAGACCUGUUCGCCGGCGACCAGAUGCGCCCUCGAAACCUCCACAGGUGUCCCGUAAGGGCGUCAGGCUAGAGCCGCAGCUGAAAGGCAUUGUGACACGACUGUUCAGCCAGCAGGGCUUUUACCUGCAGAUGCAGCCAGACGGAUCCAUCGACGGCAUCAAGGAUGAGAACAGCGACUACACUCUUUUCAACCUCAUUCCCGUCGGCUUAAGGGUGGUGGCCAUUCAGGGAGUCAAAGCGGGUUUCUACAUCGGCAUGAACGGAGAGGGCUUCCUCUACAGCUCAGAGAUGUUCACACCUGAGUGUAAAUUCAAGGAGUCUGUGUUUGAGAACUACUACGUCAUCUACUCAUCCACCAUGUACCGUCAGCAGGAGUCAGGUCGAGCCUGGUUUCUGGGACUCACCAAGGAGGGUCAGGUCAUGAAAGGGAAUCGAGUAAAGAAAACCAAGCCCUCAUCACACUUUGUACCAAGACCCAUUGAAGUUUGCAUGUACCGAGAGCCUUCACUGCAUGAGAUUGAAGAGAAACAGCGAUCCAGGAAAAGCUCAGGAACCCCAACAAUGAACGGAGGCAAAGUGGUCAACCAGGACUCCACAUAGCAGGAGGCUGCAGUCUCCACGCCCCCUCCACCCGCGCGCCUCCAACCAAUGGGAAUAAUACCACACGCUACGACAAAAGAAAUGACACACUGAUCUCUUGCCUGAGAAAACCUUUAUAGAAGAACGCAGAGACGAGACGGAGUUGAACUCAACAUUUUAUGCAAAAAAUUUAAAAAAGAAUAAUAAUAAUAAUAAAUCCAGCGGGCAGUCGUUUCAUUCAGAGCUGAAGUGAUAUUCUUUGUUGAGCUUCAGAACAUUCUCACGUGUUAAUUUUCAUGCGAAUGCUCUUCAUGUAUUAUUGAAUGUUUCGAUCUUUGCUCAUUACUGUCGUUUCUUUUUGUGGAUAUUAUGCAGAGCUUUAUUUAGUUAUUUAUUUAUUAAUUCAUCGGUAUUACCUGAGAGUUGAAUGCACUUUUAUGACUCAAGUCGAGUGGGAAAACAGAAUGUACGCUUGGUUUUUUUGGAGCUUGUUCAUUUUUGCUAGGAGGUAACAUCCAUGCACUUUCUUCAAGAAAGUCAUUUGACGCACAUACAGUACAGUAUGUCUAGCACAAGUACACUAAGUGCGCGUGUGUGUGUGUGCACCUCAAAACUGCAACACGGUUUCAGUCGGAGCUUCUUUAGUACUACGGACCCCUAAUGAUCGCACCCAAAAACAAGCAUAAGUGUUAUACUUGGCUCCAAAAUCCCACAAGAAACUCAGGAAGCCCUUAGUCCUCGAAGUGUGAAUCUGCCACCAGCCCUGUCCAGUCCACAAGCACAAUGAAGGCCAGUUGUUUUGCUCCCUACGGAGGGUGUUUUCUGGAAGUCGGCCUGGACAGAGUGGGUGAACUGUGGACUAGGAGGAUUCAAAAAGUCUUCCAGUAAAAAUAAAAAUAAUAUGGCAUGAGAGCUGUGCCCGAAUAUGCAGCAAUGAGCUACGACGAAAAAAAAACAAACAAAAAAAACUAAGAGACUUCAAAUGCAUGAGUCCUCAGAAAAAGUGUGUUUGUAGUCAAACGAGUACGGGAGAGUGUAAAAACAGGCAUGCAAUGGAAAGAUUGUAUAGAUCAGUUGUUGUUUUUUCCCCCGAAAAGCAAACACCGGAGUGUUUAACUUUCGCUGUGUACAAAAACAGAACUCUUUAUUUUUCAUGUUUGCAGAUGUUUUCACCUUUAACAGAACACUUAUCAUAUAUGCAUUAUGAAUAAUGAGAUGUAUAAAAUAUGCAUUGAUAUUACAACGCAAAGUGAUAUUAGGGUUGAUUAAGAAUAAAAGUAUGAUACUUCAAAA